ACCGCGGAGCAGCUUUGACACAUCUGCUCGGCUGGUUUCAGCACCUCGGACAGCGACCUCUCCGAUAGGCUCGAGCCUGUCGGCGGCCAAUGGCGUUAGCGGCGCGGCUGCGACAGCGACGGCCAGCAGCAGCAGCAGCAUCCCGGGAGCAGCCAAUGAGAGGCCGCCGUUUCUCCCCCACAUCCAACCCGAAUAACUGCAGAUGCCCGCAUCAAAGCAACGGGUCCCUCUCUCUCUCUCUCUCUCCUCUUCCUCGCUCUAUCUUUUGGCAGGUUUUCAUAGCUGAGGGUAUACGCUGCUUUCCAAUUUUAGGGAAUCUGUAGUAGCCAUUUCCCUAUCUUUCUUCUGAUUUCGUUUUUAGGGUGAUAUGUGCCGAUGCGUUUGUAUCCGAGGGAUGUUUUCCAAGCUUUAAGCGUCGAUCUGGGACGUCAACAGCCUUGACUGUAGAGAUUUUCCUCUCUCAAUGGAAGACAUCUUCCCACUCGCAGCGAGCGAAGAACUGAAGCAUCUGCAUCCGCAUCCACAGGCGAGGGACUUUGAACAAACAAAAAUCUGAAGACAGAGACUCUCACUGGCGAAUAAACUUGUGGGCCUGAAGCCACAGGGACUUAACAUUAACACUCGGUUUUCACGCCCAGCUCAGCUCGUGUUGGUGGUGUGGAAACCGAGCAGAGGGGCUGUAGACGUUUUUUCACAUUUUGACCGCAGUAAGGGGGGUCAAGGUGUGAUUGAUGGAUUCCACAAGACGAGCCGAUUAAUCAGAAGGUAGGAAAACACAAUGUUUUACUGCAUACUGCAACACACACUCUCGGUCUCAUUGAGGAUGAUGCAGCCACAGAAAAGCAAAAUAGUAGGGCCCGUGUUCUGCUUCUAAGCCAACAAUGUCGACAUAAUCACCUACAUGCACAGGUGUGUGAGCGCUCUCUUCAUCCCACAUAGACCUUCCUAAAAUAGGUGAUCUAAACCCUAAACACAAUAAGAUCACAUCCCUUAUAUCCACACCAAUCGUGUACAAGAGCUCAGGUUUAUUACUGGGUGUUUGUGAAGCUGCCGUGUGUUGGAGGGGCUGUUUUCAGGGCUUCCAUUUUGAAGCUAAGAUGGAUGCUUGCGCACAUUUCUUUCCCGUGCCUCUGUGGCCUUAUCUUACUCCUUAUAUAAUACUGAUGAACAGCAACAGCAGGCCCGUGUUACACUGCCGUAACACACGAUGCAUAUGCUUUAGGUAUAUUGACGAUGUAUCACCACAAACGCUAUGGUUCGACACAAAUUGAGAAUAAAAUCAUGUACUCGUCAAAAUCCUACUGCCUAGGGUCGCCUCUAAGGAGUUGUGCUCAUUUUCUUUGACAUGUAAAUAAACAAGAGACUUCUCCAGCUGGAGCCAACUGUGGAGAAUUCGUUAUUCAGCAUUCAAUCAUGAAAUAAUGUGAAGGAAUGUCAAGUGUUCAGUUGUUAGUUCACCAAUAAAAUCACCAAAGAUCACUUCUGCAUAAUGUUAAAUAAUUUUCUGGGGUGGAAAUAUCUUACUCAAGCAAAAGUGCAGUUACUUAAGUAGUAUUUUGCUCAUAUAGAUGCAGAACUACCAUUGAAUUUACCCAAGUUAUGAGUAUUAUAUUUUAAAUUGGCCAUCCAGGGUGAAAUAACUGAAUAUCUCUGCUGCAUAAUGUCUCAUUAUUAUACCUAAUAGUUUGAAUCCAGGUCAGUCAUAGCUGUCACUGCAGAGAGCCUUGUUAUUAGAAGCCAAAAUCAAGGACUUUAUUGAUUGUUAUGAGUAAAAUAACCACAAUUAAGCAAGCAUAAUCAUCUUGAUCAGUGUUUUGAAACAAGAUGCAACAGUUAGUUUGAAAGUUAUCAAAACAUCUGGCUAAAAAUAUCUUCCAACAAGAUUUAUACUUAUAGUUUUCAAAUCACUGCAGCUUCAAGUGAGUGCAAAGAGAAGCCUGAAGGAGAAGUAAGACAAAUGAACUUGGUAAGAUUUGAGUUUUUCAUAGUGAGGGCAUCAUCCGAUCAGCUGGUUGGUAGGUAGAUGAUUUUAGGCAACUUUUUACUCAGUAAUGGCACAUGUAAAUACGAGUAAAAUUAAUAAUUCUAACUAUUCUACUACAAAUCUUCUCAAGCAGAGUAACAUGAGUAAAUAUACAGUCACUCCCAGUGUUCUUGACAUAUUUCACCAUUAAACAUGAAAAAAUAAAAUGGAAAAAGUGAGGAGAAACAGUGGUUGGCUCAAAAACAAUGCAACUAAUAUAACUAGCUCUUUUUAUUUAACAUUUGAAAAUGUCAGUGUCUUCAACCUGAGACCACUUGUUAGUUCAAGUAGCAAACAAUCACUGCGACUCUUAUACUCAGCCUUGCUCAUCUGAUGGCGUUUAUAUGGAUAUUCUUGGAUAGAGCUUUCUAUGCAGUAAGAAUUUUUCUCAGAAAGCUUCUUCAGCUGAAGAAUGACAUCAAAUACGGUUGAGAGCUAUAGUCACGGACACUGACAACUCAUCCUCUUCACAAAAUCAAUUGAAUUUCAAGGUCUAGUCUUGGUUUUUGAAAAGAAGCUUAACAAAACAUACUGUGACUAUGUGAAAUGUCAACUCGAACACUUCACUCUGAUUCUGGAGCUUUAAAUUUGCCUUUUAGGAAAGAGUAGGCCUCUUUUUAAUCUAUCAGAUAUGGUUCAGUGAUGCACUGUUUACACUCCUACUUGCUUUUGCUUACAGGUUCGACUUCCUCUCGAGGUGACACACCCUCAGAGCUCUUUGUCUUGACCAGUCAAAGAGCUUGACGCAUCUCCUUUCCUUUAUCCCACCACUGACCCUCACACAAGCAUCAUGGGUACGGUGCUGUCACUGUCCCCGAGCUACCGCAAGGCGGUGCUCUUCGAGGAUGGCCCAGCCACAGUAGGACACUACACAGCAGUCCAGAACAGCAAGAACGCUAAGGAUGCUGCCACAGCAGCUGGAAAGUCCCUAAAGCGCCCCUCUAUUAUCAAUGUGUUACCAUGGAAACGCAUUGUGGCUGUAUCUGCGAAGAGGAAGGGCUCCAAGAAGCUGCAGUCGGAAGGCGGGGAUGGUGGGAAAGGGAGUCCUCCAGAUGGUCAAGCCACUGCCACAGCUAACUCAGCCUCCAACAGCAUAAAGCUGAAGAAGUCCCAGUCCUGUGCUAAUCUGUCAUCCUACUCAUCAGGCCAGGAUCCCUCAGCCACCACCACCACUACCUCCUCCCACCUACCCACAUCCAAGACCCUGGCCAAUGUAGUUACUGUUGCUGCCAAAAAGAAUUCCCUCACAGGCUCGGGGAUCCAGCCGUCAACUGCAGCCGGUACCCCAAAACGUGUCAUUGUCCAGGUAAACGAAAGACUCUAAAUGUUAUAUCUAUUCACACUACAAUUCCCUUCUUGAGUAAUAUUUGAAAGUGUUUCAUCACCUUCUUUUUCCUUCUUUAACUAAGGCCUCCACCAGUGAACUGAUGCGCAGCCUGGGUGAGUUCCUGUGCCGUAGGUGUUACCGCCUGAAGCGUCUUUCCCCAACAGAUCCGGUGCUGUGGCUGCGCAGCGUGGACCGCUCCCUCCUCCUUCAGGGCUGGCAGGAUCAGGGCUUCAUCACUCCGGCCAAUGUGGUCUUCCUCUACAUGCUGUGCCGCGAUGUGGUGUCAUCUGAGGUGGCCUCGGAACGGGAGCUGCAAGCCUCGCUGCUCACCUGCCUCUACCUGUCCUACUCCUACAUGGGCAACGAGAUCUCCUACCCGCUGAAACCCUUCCUGGUGGAGGUGGAGAAGGAGGCCUUCUGGGAUCGCUGCCUGGAGAUCAUCAACCGCAUGAGUGGCAAAAUGCUGCAGAUCAACACCGACCCGCACUACUUCACCCAGGUGUUUGCUGACCUAAAGAACGAGAGCAAGAAAGAGGAGGAGAAAACCAAACUCCUCAUAGGCGUUGACCGAUAAGAGGGAGCUGGGAGGGGGGAAGAAAGGGUAGACAGAUUGAUGAAGUUUACAGGUUGAGUUGGGGUGGACAAAGUGUUGCAGUGUAGUGAUAAUUGAAGCGGUACUGUUGUCUGGCAUCUCUCCUGGUUUAUCUUUAACUAAAUUUCCCUUUUACAACCCUGUGUAAAGAGUUUCUGGCAGCAUUUUGUUCAAUUAGUCGAAUAAUGAGCCACAUAAACACAAACAAACUCUCAGCUGAUCUUCAGUGUCAGAUCAACAAUUACAGUUCCAGUCUAGCAUGUCACUCUAACUCCACCAAAGUAGAUUAGAUCAGGGUUAUUGCUGCAUUAUUGAAAUAAUUGGAUCUGAUUAGAUUCACAAGACUUUCAGGCUAUACUUGUUGGUAUCCAACACCUGGGUCACUCUGCUCAGGAUGACACAAUAGCAAGCUUUAAGGCAGUGAUGUAUCAUUAGUUUUUAGACAAGGUAAGUAAUGUUUUGUCAUUUGUUGGCGAUGUGACGAUAACAGACAGUGAGGGAGAGGUGUUUAUCAUUUUUAUCCUAGCUUCAGGCCCUGAGACACACAUCAGUCAGACCUGUACCUUGUUUCAAAGGAACAGAAGUGACUGAUCUGGGGUGUUUAUGAGUCUUUUGUUGAAGAAUGAAUGGGGUUAGAAAUGCCAGACAACACACAUUUACUUAUAAAGGUUAAAUAUAUUUAAUGUAAUGAUAAAUGGCACUGAUGUGAUGAUAUUGCGUGUUUAGGCGUUUCUUCUCUUAAAAAGAAAUGUCAGGGUAAAGAAAAACAAGAAGCACCUUGCAUGAGCUCACUUCAUAUGUCCUUGCACAUGACAACCUGCUUAUUGCCAGCCCCUCUCUACAUUUUACCUAUCAACCUCCCAAGAACUGUUGCACUUAGCCAAACUGGCUGCUACCCCCACUAUUGAUCCUUCUUGUAUUACCACAGUAUAGAUGAGACAGAAUCAACCACAACAUAAGUGGAGUGGAAACUGUAGCACUGUGAUAUUUAAAUUUCUAAUUGGCAAGUUAGUGCUGAGUAUAACCUGAGUACUGUAUCUUUAAGGAAACAAAAGUUGUUUUUUGUCAUUCAAAUUUGCUUUUAAUUAGUAGAUUAGACACUUAUUCCUUUGAUUACGAUAUUCUUACCUCCUGGGCUCAGAUUAGUUGUAAAUUUAAAAGCCCCUCUCUAAGCUGUGUUUACAGAAAUAUGGGAAAAUGCAAUAUUAUCGUGGAAUAUUUCCUUCCUCCCCUUGCACUUUCUCAUGCCGUCCAUAUUGGUGCUGUCUGACAUGACCAGAGGAAAAUAUUUAUCGAAAGAAAGAAAGAAAGAAAGAAAGAAAGAAAGAAAGAAAGAAAGAAAGAAAGAAAGAAAGAAAGAAAGAAAGCAGCCUUUUCACUUUUGUAAGCUGCACCAAACAAUUACUGGAGCUGCGUCAUAAAGGUUAUGUUUCAAAAGGAGACCAUGUGAUCGCUCUCCAUCUAUAGCUCCACACGCCAUGAAAGAAUGAAUGAAAGUCUCAUUAUGUUGCAGAUGUGUUGGGGUGACGAUGCUACAGGUGUUGAUGAGACAUUAAUUCCAGAACAAAGCUUUGGUGUUGCUGUCACCACUCUGAUCGGGGGAAUCUUCUGCUCUUUGAUAUGUUGUCCCCCCCUCCUCUUUCAUCUUUUCUUUUUUCUUACACUCAAUACUCUUCACAGAAAAACCACUACGAACUAAAACAACACAGACUUACUUUCUCUCUCUUUCUGUCCAUCUGCUCCAGGCUGGUCUGAGCUGGCUGGCCUUCUCUAGUGAGGUCCAGUCCAAUCCAGUUAUUUAAAGACUCUCUGGCUCGCUGACCUGACGACUUACUUAUUCACUGAGUUGUUUGACAUGCAUGUGUGCUUCUAUAGGUUUUCCUAGCAUGCUGCUUUGUUUUGGGCACACCGUAACAUAUGUAACAGAAGAGACUGAGCGGUAGCCACAUUGAACUGCUGAAAGCUAGGCUCAGUGAUGUGACAUCCAGUGGCGGCUCGGCACAAGAACGGGCGAGAGACUCUGCGGCACAGACUUCAGGAAGGGUGAAUCAAAUCCUGGGAUUUCUACUUUUCUUGGUUUUAUGGUGCUUUGGGGUCUAAAAGACCCUUCAAGGAUUGGUUCCCUGGUUAUUAUUUGUUUUCAGCCUUUAUGGACGUGCAAUUAUGCAGGUUUUGAGCUCAUUUUUGGUAUAAUCGAUGGAUACUUUCAAUUAUAGAAUUCCAGAUAGCUCAAGGGAGUCAGUUCUGCCCCCCACUAUUAAAGUGGAUAGCUGCUAUGUUUCUUAUUUUCAGCUUGUAGCAGAGGCUUUGAGACUUUGGAAAGCUCCUUCCAGGCCCAUUGAAGACAUCAUUCACCUGAACUGCAUGUCUAAAAUGAACGGAGUGGCCCAAAACACUCCUCGCCUUCAAUGGUGUCACAUCACUGAGUCUAACCUUAGCCAAUAAACUGUCUGCAAUUUUAGAAAAGCUCUGCCUUCUUCAGCUGGGCAGAGUACUUGUGCCAUAUCAUAAAGACUCAUCAUUUCAUACAAAAGACACUGAGAAACAUGAGCCAACUCAAACUCUGAUUCAUGAACAAGAUGAACUCUGAGGAAAUCAGGACUGAGCUUUUUUCACUAUGUAUCUACAUCAUGUAUUUGACAAGAAGAGGGACUUUGUUCGGGUCACAAGGAUCUGGAGUCAAAAUAGGAAUCUUGUGAUUUCAAUACACAGUGAAACUUUGUCACUUUGCAAAAUGUUUGCCAAAAUUGGGGUCAUCCUAAGCUGGAGCACAUUGCAUUCUGUUAUAACUUAUGAAAAUUGAUAUCUGGCCUCCUCCUCUGUGAGAUGAGAAAACACAAAUUAUGAUUCUCUGUUCGCUAGGAUUUCGAACACUUCCUCAGAAAAAAAACAGAAUGUCUUACCUGUUUCCAGACUGGGUCUCUCCACGGUGCAGGUGAUGUUUUAACUGUGGUUGUGUUGUAUGUUCAGAUGUGAAUUGAUUGGGCUGCACUAGGUACCAUGCUGUAAAAAUAAUGUAGCCUUGAUGCAGAGUCAGACCUCACCAGACAAAUAUGCACAUGAAGACUGAAUCCAUGGCAAACAAGCUUGUUUACAAGACCUUCCUCCUAUAGCUGUUUCUGAUGGGUUGAACAGUUCAUAAGUAGCAUUUCUCUGAGUGGCAUUCCCCAAAUGACUGUUCAAUAGUGAUACCGUAUUUAUUAAUUUGUUCCACCUAAAGCUCCAAAUUGCAAGUAGAAGGUUUGGUAGGAGUUGUAUCACAGCAGGCUAAUGUAUGUAGGACAAGUUUAAAAGGGAUUAACACCUGAUCAAAUGCAAAAACCUCCAUUUUUAACAGUAUGUUAUAAAUUUGGGUUUUUAAACAACGCAGUGACCUGACCAUUACCAAGAUCUUAUUCAAGAAUGAAUACUGAACAUCAGAGUUUAAUUGACCAUUUGCUGAGCUCUACAACUUUCAUUUAUAUAGCCUUAUGUUUGUAGUUUAGCCUGACAAUAUGACAGAUUUGUGCUUCAUGACAUAAUAAGUCCUCAAUUUAAUACACAGAAAGACAAAAUAUUAGCUGAGUUAGCAUCAUGUUAUCCAAAGUGAAACGUAUCCCUGAUUAGUAGUUACUUGGUCAGAAACGUUGACCGUACGUUAAUCCAGUAGGCGGAUACAUUUCAAGAAUGACAUAAAAUAUGUUACUAUGGCUGAUGUUAGCAUGUUUAUGCUAUUGGCCCAAAUUAAAACUGUGUUACUUCAGUCGGAGGCUCACUUGUUAGCUAGGCAUGCUAACAACUGUAGCUUCUAAACAGCAUAUAAACACAAUUUAGUCCAUCACUAACACCUUUGGUGUUCUGAGUUUGGUUUGGGAUCGGGUGAGUCAAAAUAUCUCUGUAUGCUGAUGACAUAGUUUUCUGCAUUACUUUAUACAUAGACUGAGGUGCAUAGAAGGCUAAAGCUUGAUUAGCUUGGUGGUGGAAGGAAAAUUUUUGCAAAUGGUCAGUUCUAUUCUGCAAAUUGGAGCCUAAAAAACCCUAUCAAGGAUUAUAAUCCUCCCUACACACUCAAAAGCAUUACAUUUGGUUAUUAAACACCAUGUUGGAUGUUGGAUUUUGACUGAAAGGGGGGUAAAAUGGUUUACUGAUGUAAUAUUUUUGCUUCAAUCUGUCCUAGUCUUCUCUGCAGUGCAACUACAGUGAAACAAGACAAGUAAGCCGGGAAAAUUUGACCCUAAAAAUGAAGCUUUUUCUAGAACUGGAGAGGAAAAGAUAACCCCUCUAUAUGCUCUCAUCAUUGAUCCACUCAUAACUAUGUGCCAUAUUUUCUCUUGCAACAUGUACAAGACAAAAACUAUUGUGUAACAUAUGAAGCUUAUGAAAAUGAUGAUGAAGUUCUUAUGGUUUCCUUCCUUUAAUUUGUGGAUCAUGUUGUAUAAAGAAGAAUCUUUGUUGAACAAAAGUCAAGGCUACUAGUGUUACUAGAGUGCUGAUGCUGCAGUCUGUUACUAUGUGGAUGUAUGAAUAUUUAUGUGAGAAAUAAGAAUAAUUUGAUCAACUGUUACAGGUACUUUAUAUAAAAACCUUUACAAGCAAG